CUGUGUAGGUGCACGCUUUCAAAGUUUGACUGGGGAAUAGCCGGGGAACAGUGGAGGCGGCAUCGGGAACAGGAAAUCUGCAUCUGGAGAGGGGAGAGCACCACAGCUCGCGUGGGAGGGUCCGGCUCCGGCGAUAAGAACAAUGGGAGAGAUGGCUAAGCGGAUUUUCGAUGUGUAAAUGUGAAACAGAAGAAGGUGAAUGUAACACAGUGUUCGCUGGAAGAAGGGACCCCCGGCUGUCCCCCUCAGCCGAGCCAUGCCGCUCGUAUUCCGCACGCUGUUGUUCGGCUUUGUAACGCUGCUCGUUGUGGUUCUCAUAAUAGACGAUAUUGCAGAAGUGGAGGAAGAAACUACAAAUCCUGGACAUUUGAAGAAGAUGAACUUGCAUCGGGCCAUCCCUAAACCACAUAGAAAGGCCACGGCACAUGUCGAUCCGACUGCUGUGACGAGAGUGAGCAAAGAUGUAAAGCCUGUCGGUCCAAGCUCCAAUCACACUGCCAAGCUUUCUUCAAACAACUGGACUUUUAACAAGACGCUCUCCAACCUCAUCAGAAAGAAUAUUCUAAGAUUUCUGGAUCCAGAGAGAGACAUCUCUAUUCUGAAGGGUACACUGAAGCCGGGAGAUAUCAUCCACUAUGUGUUUGAUCGCCACAGCACCACAAACAUCUCAGAAAAUCUCUACCGUCUUUUGCCAACUGUAUCCCCUAUGAAGAACCAACAUCACAAGCGCUGCGCCAUUGUGGGGAACUCAGGGAUCCUGCUGAACAGCAGCUGUGGGCCCGACAUCGACUCUCACGACUUUGUUAUCAGGUGUAACCUGGCUCCAGUGGAUGAGUUCUCGCAGGACGUGGGCCGGCGGACUAACCUGGUGACCAUGAACCCUUCAGUGGUGCAGCGGGCCUUCCAGGACCUGGUGAGCGAGGAGUGGAGGGACCGCUUCCUUCAGCGUCUCCAGAGCCUCAGCGGCAGUGUGCUGUGGAUCCCAGCCUUCAUGGCCAAGGGGGGGGAGGAGCGUGUGGAGUGGGCCCUUCGUCUUAUCCUGUCUCACACCGUGGACGUGCGCACCGCCUUCCCCUCGCUGCGCCUUCUCCACGCCGUCAGAGGGUACUGGCUCACCAACCAUGUCCACAUCAAGCGUCCGACCACUGGGCUCCUCAUGUACACAAUGGCCACUCGCUUCUGUGAUGAGAUCCAUCUGUACGGCUUCUGGCCCUUCUCACACGACCCGCAGGGUAAACCGGUGAAAUACCACUACUACGAUACUCUGAAGUACGAGUAUACGUCCAGCUCCAGCCCUCACACCAUGCCUCUGGAGUUCAGGACCCUGAGCGCGUUGCACAGACAGGGGGCGCUGCGGCUCCACACUGGAACCUGUGACGCCGACAGGAGACCGAAGGAGCUCCAGAGCAAGUAGCUGACAACACAUCUCCAUGGAAACCACUUUAAGCAGACUUUGUGAAAAAGUGUUCUUGUUACGGUACUUUUUUGAAACUUGAAUUAAGAUAUUUUCAGUAAUUGGAAUUAACUUUUUUCUAUCUAAAGAAGUGACUUCUUACUUACCUCUUACUGAUGUGUUUUACCUCUAAUGAGAUUUCUAUGGCAACCUUUCAAAAUAAUGAGUCCCAUUUUCUGUAGGUAUUUUGUUGUCUUGAAACAACAUUUGAAAAGGCCUCCCACGUUUUUACUAUUGUGAUAAAUAGGAAUUGAGAACACAUUUUUGUUUUUCAAAUUUGGUCAUGAAAAGCCGUCAGUAAAUAUAUUCCAUAUUAAUAAUAUUCCCAGUUUAUGAUAUGAAAGAUCCCCAUUAAGGGUGUGUAAUAAUUAACCCAUCAUGUCAACAUAAUGAAGAGCUGCUGAAUGAAUGGCUCUUGUAAGGCACUUUUUGGGCCACAAGAUGGAAGCACUUCAUAAUCAGGGAGAAGGAUGACAGAAAAAUGUUGGUCAACUGUUCAAACUUUUUUUUUUUUUUAGAAAUAACCUUCAACUUGUGAUAAGACAUUUUACUCUGAGGACAUUUACGCUUUUGUAGCUUGUAAAAUACCGUCAGUGGUGUUCACAGUGAAACAGGUCAUUCAUAAGCAAAAAACUCCAAGAGUCUAGUCAACCAGAACUGCCGUGUGAUAGAGUUGGGUUACCUUGAGAGCCAAAUGAAGGAGUGAAGCAUGAGGAAAUGUAUUCAGCUUCUGUGAGGAUAAAGAGGGAGUGCCAGCUGUUCACAUACGAUUGUUUACACAGACUCAGCCGGAAGUAAACUCGCUUUGUAAACUCUUCUCAAACAACAUAAGCCCUGUUUCUGCACUGGAAAUGUUAAUAGGUUGUAGCUGUGUGUUGGUACUAAGAAGAGCUUAGCUUAUUUCAUGAAUGUAUUGGUGAUAUUCUUACAAAUGCUGUAGGAAAUAAGCCCUAUAUUGUGCUUUAAACACAUUUCUAGUAACUGUUAGCAGAAGUCCCAGUGCACUGAGAGGAGUUGAUAACUUGUAUGCCUUCAUUAUUUUUUAAUAAUGUAUGAAUUAUACAUGUAUUGUGUGUUUAGGGCUAGUAUCUCAACCAUUAUAGAUUGAUACAGAUAUUUGUGGAUUUUAGGAUUGCCAGUAUUUAGUGCCUAUAAUCAAUUAAUUGGAUGAUUUAAAAUUGAAGAAUUAAAAAUGUUCAGGGUUUAUCUAACUUGUUUUUUACAUGAUAAGAUAGAUGUAAAAAACGAACGUACAUUACUUUUAAUAGUGUUACUCACCACUGAAACCCAGCUAUGAUUGACAAAAAUAAACAAAGAAAGUUAUUUGAUUGUAGACUUGUUCAGUAGUUGUGAUCAGGUAAGAAACGCAAUUCUUUGUUUAUUUUAAGAACAAUACCAGACACAUUUGUCAGUCAAUACGUUGAAUGCUAGUUAGGGUUAUAUUUUUGUAAUUUAAAGCUCCACCUUUUGUCUUUAUACUGGGCUUUUUGCCAAACACUAUUUUCUGCAACAAAUUGCCUCUUUUAAUACAAAUUAACAGAAGUAUUCAAAUGAUUCCACAAGCUCUACACAAGCAGCAGGUCAUGCGCUGCCAGCCAUGUGAUCUGUCUGUAAUAGUGUUGUUUUGACAGGAUGCGCUUGUUGACUUCAUGUUGGCCAAUGGAGCGAGUAAAGUUAAGAAUAUACACAAAAGUUGUACUAGCGAUGUGAGCAGUCUGAGGCAAUGAAAGGCCUGUUUGUGAAGGCUGGUCUGAGAUCAACAAAAAUAGAAACAUUCUGUGACCAAUACAAUUAGGUUACUUAUCCCAGAAUCUGGACUUUGCCACAGAUAGAAAACGUUCUACUUGAGGGGAUUCUUCUUUAUAGUUGUAUCUUGUAGCUUAACUUUAGUCAUGUAGCUUUACCAUAUAUUAGUAUUUGUUCAAUGUACAAAUUCCAGCAACAAAAUAUUAACUUUUGCAUGUUUUGUCUUGAUGCAUACCACUUGACUAUAUUUAAGUUUUUUUUAAUACUUAAACUAUUCAGUAUGACUUGAGAAAACUUGAAUGAUGUUAUGACAAAGUGAAUGUACUUUUCUGUGUCAGAAAACACACAGAAGAUCAGAAUGGAAAGAAAUAACACUUAAAACGAUGUAACACUUCAAAGGAAGCAGUUUUAUUUCAGUAGUGUUUCAAAGAAAUGGAAACCAAGGAUACAGCUGUGGGUACACAUAAUAUCUGUGUCAAAAACCAAACAGGGACUUGAAUUCAAUAAACUUCCAAAACAGUUUGAACAUUUAACUUAUUUUGGUUUAAAUGUGGGAUUAGAGCAAUUAGAUACAGUCUUCAAAUAGCUACCACAAUGACGUUAAUUCAUUUUACAACAGGAACUGUCUGUAGCAGAUCAUUCAGUUCUAAUAAAAGUACAGAAAUAGCAUCUUCAGACGAGCAGGGUUUUUCCACAAUUACACGCACAACUAAAGAUAAAAUAAUAGACGGUGACAAGAUGGAGGAGGAUAACUGUUCAAGGGUGAUAGUCCCCUGAGACACACUAAUGGAGCUGCAGUUUACUCCACAUACAGUAAAAAACAUACAUGAAACAAUAUCGAAAAUAACAGUGGUCAUAUCAUCUGAUGGAAACCACAGGAAAUAGCCAACAUUCUGCUAAAGGACAUGAUAUAAAUCACAUGAUCGAAAGUUUGAAUCACUUUCAAAAACCGAAUCAUACAUUCACACACACACCAUAUCACUUGUAUCCAGUCUUCUGUAAAUGUCAACAAGGAAAUAAAAAUACAAAACGUUCUUUCUCCCGGAAAGAAAAUGCAGUACGAGUCGGGCAUUGCAGUUUUUUUGUUAACUAUGGUUGGAGGUCAUUCAGAAGCAGCUGCAGCCGUAUGCCAUUUUGCACUAUCAAAUAACAGUUUGGAUUAAAAACAGAAGGUCACCUACAAUACCCACACUCACAUUUGCUGCAGAAACCUAAUCUAGGUGCACUCUGCUACGUAGUUGCUGUAAUUACAUUUAGGGCACAAACACAGACCAGUUUGUGAACAUGACGGCUAUUUAUUUUCUGCCCUUUAUACGAGAUUCUUGGUUGAUUAUUGUGUAUUUGGUAUUUGAAUUAAAGAUAUAACAACCUCAA